CAGCGGUGUGCGCUUGUGAAGCCAAGCGAACGAAGGUGAUCCGUCGCCGCGGCACAAAGCGCGCCGUCCCGCUCCUCCGCUCGCCGUGCGCCCGCGCGCUCACACUUCCUUUCCGUCGCUCGACCGCGUCAAAUUGGGCUCGUCCGCCUCGCGCCUCCCCUGCGUGGAAAAGGCCGGACGGAGGCCGACGUUCUCCUUCUCCCCCUCGAAAGCUGGAAGACGCCUGCAGACCCGGCGCUGUCUGCUGGAGCUCUCUUCCAGAUAUGGACGGAUUUACCGGCAGUUUGGAUGACAGCAUGUCUGGCACCAGUGUGUCAGACGUCCAUGAUCGCCUGUCUUCUCUGGAGCUGCGUGUUCAGCAGCAGGAAGAUGAACUGAUGGUGAUGAAGGCCGCCUUGGCUGACGUGCUGCGACGCCUUGCCAUCGCUGAAGACUCCGCCCCCCCCUCUUCCUCUUCAUCCUCUGCAAAGAGGCAUCAUGGAGGGAAAGGCGGGGCUCUUCUGCGUGAGGCCUACUCAAUGUCCUGUAUUGCCAAUGGAGGCUCUGCCAGCCGUAAACCCUCCCACAGAGAGCGAGACCCCGCCCCCCUGUCGGUGACCAGGAAAGAAACAGUCUCCUCUGCAGCCAAGAGUGGGGGAGAGAGGAAGAAGGAGACCAGCAGUGUGAAACCUCAGAUGGAGGGCAUCCAGGAGCAUGAGGAGCCCCUCCCAUCCAGCGACAAACCAACCUCCUCUUCCUCAGCCACCGGCAGCCCCCAACCCACUCCCUCCCCCUCUGCCAGCCUCCCCCCCUCCCCCCACCCCCCUCCCCCACAGAGGGCGGCCCAGUCAGCAGACGGCAGCAAAGGGCCGUCUCCAGUUAAAAGAGGUUCCAGUGCUAAACGGGGGUCGGGGAUGGAGCGUUCCCACAGCAGCACAUGGGACAGCGGAGAGGAGAGCAGAAACAAGCUGGUUAAAGCUGCGUCUACCUCCAAACUGCUGGCCAAGGUGGUGAAGAAUGCUGAGAGGCACAAAGAUCCAGUGGUGAGUCAAGCCAAAAUGUCUACUCGUGAGAAAAACAGCCAAGCAGAGGGGAAUCACAUCAAGAUGUUCAUGCGUGGUCGUCCCAUCACCAUGUUCAUCCCUUCUGAUGUGGAAAACUAUGACGAAGUGCGCACGGAGCUUCCGUCACAGCGACUCAAACUGGAAUGGGUGUAUGGAUACAGAGGGAGGGACUGUCGAGCCAAUGUCUGCCUCCUCCCAACAGGAGAGAUCGUCUACUUCAUUGCCUCUGUAGUCAUUCUCUUCAACUAUGAGGAGCGAACACAGAGGUUCUACCAGGGACACACCGACUGUGUCAAAUGCUUGGCCAUUCAUCCAGAUAAAAUCCGCAUUGCCACUGGACAGAUUGCAGGGGUGGACAAAGACGGAAGACCCCUGCAGCCCCAUGUCAGGGUGUGGGACAGCGUCAGCCUGACCACCCUGCAGGUCAUCGGCCUGGGCACCUUUGAGAGAGGCGUGGGCUCACUGGCCUUCUCCAAAGCAGACUCUGGGCAGCACCUGAGCGUUAUUGAUGAUUGUAAUGACCACAUGCUGACAGUGUGGGACUGGCAGAAGAAAGCCAAGAUCGCUGAGAUAAAGACAACCAAUGAGGUGGUCCUGUCGGUUGAGUUCCACCCCACUGACCCACACACCAUCGUCACCUGUGGGAAAUCUCACAUCUUCUUCUGGACGUGGAGUGGGAGCUCGCUUGCACGCAAGCAGGGCAUCUUUGGGAAAUACGAGAAACCAAAGUUUGUUCAGUGUUUGGCCUUUCUGAGUAACGGAGACAUCCUGACUGGGGACUCUGGAGGCAUCAUGCUUGUUUGGACCAGAAGUUCUGUAGAACCUCCACCAGGGAAAGGACCCAAAGCCUUCCAGAUCAGCCGUCAGGUAAAGGCUCAUGAGGGCAGUGUAUUCACACUGUGUCAGAUGAGGAGCGGCACCUUGCUGACCGGAGGAGGGAAAGACCACAAAGUCAUAUUGUGGGACCAUGACCUUCGACCUGAGAGAGAGAUAGAGGUCCCAGAGCAAUAUGGAAGCAUCAGGGCAGUGGCUGAAGGGAAGGGAGAGGAGUUUCUGGUUGGAACCUCUCGAAAUUUCAUUCUGAGAGGAACCUUUAACGACGGCUUCCGCGUGGAAGUGCAGGGUCAUACAGACGAGCUGUGGGGUCUGGCUUCUCACCCCUUCAGGGAGCUUUUCCUCACUUGUGGUCAAGACAGACAGGUGUGCCUUUGGAAUGCUGUGGACCAUUCACUGGAGUGGAGCCGCCUGCUGGAGGAGCAUGGCCACUGUGCAGAUUUCCAUCCCAGUGGAGUGGUGGUUGCCAUAGGAACCCAUUCGGGAAAGUGGUAUGUCCUGGACGCUGACACCACUGACCUGGUUGCUAUCCACACAGACGGUAACGAGCAGCUUUCCAUCAUGCGCUUCUCAGUAGAUGGCACACUGCUCGCAGUUGGGUCACAUGACAACUUCAUCUACCUGUACACAGUUGGAGAUAAGGGACGCAAGUACAGCAGAUAUGGAAAAUGUUCAGGACAUUCCAGCUACAUAACUCACCUGGAUUGGUCCCCUGACAACAACUUCAUCAUGUCCAACUCAGGAGAUUAUGAAAUUCUUUACUGGGACAUUCCAAACGGCUGUAAGCUCAUUCGGAAUCGCUCCGAGUGUAAGGACAUCGACUGGGCCACUUACACCUGUGUGCUAGGAUACCACGUCUUUGGAGUGUGGCCAGAAGGCUCAGAUGGGACAGACAUUAACGCCCUGAUCAGAUCUCACAACAGGAAGGUCAUUGCUCUGGCUGAUGACUUUUGUAAAGUUCAUCUGUUCGCCUACCCCUGCUCCAGAGCCAAGGCACCCAGCCAUAAGUACAGCGCUCACAGCAGCCAUGUGACCAACGUCAGCUUCCUGUACAGUGAUAGCCAUCUCAUCUCCACCGGGGGAAAAGACACCAGCAUUAUGCAGUGGCGUCUGGUGGACAAAAGUCCCUCAUUGGUCCCCAGUGACUCCUCUCUGUCUGUAGGGGAGGGGCUUAUUCAUAACUCCACCCCACAGAGGAUGGACUCCAUCGCCUCGUCGCCCACUGAGCCAGCUCCUUCCACACUCACUCUUUGCGCCACUCCUCCUGCAUGCUGUGGCACUAACACUCCUCCCCCUGCACCCACUGAACAGCCGGCCCCACCCCCAACUUCCAAUGGCACGCAAGAGAGUGCCCCGGAAACCCCGCCCCCCUCAGAGUCAACCCUGCCUCCUUCCAAUAGUACAGAGAGUCCCAAAGACAGCCUGGACCCGAGUGACGACACAGCUACGCCCAGCGACGAAGGCAUGCCUCCAUUCAGCAGCUCCUAGAGGCAGAUGGUUCUAUGGUUCGCAUCUGCUCACUUCUGCUCUCUGGAAAUGUCGACUUGUCACUGCACAACUCCUUAACAACAGACUGUUCACAGCUGCCUGUUUCUCAUGGCAGUAAUAUGGGCCUUUGCAUGGUGUGUGUGUGUGUUUGUGUGUGUGUGCGCGCGUGUGUGUGUAUGUGUGCACAUGUGUUUGUGUGCGUGCCCACACAGGCACAUGCGCAGUGAAGUGAAAGCAGCUGGGUACAAAAAAAUGAUUUGGCCUAACUGGAAUCAGGGUUCAGUGGUGAGGUUUUAUUUGUUAGUGCUACACACACACGCACACACACGCACACACACACACACACACGCACACACACACACACACACACACGAACCAGUGUGAGUGUGUUGGCCAACUUGUCUUGGUUUCACUAUCACCAUAGUGUUGGUAAAACCUGAAGCUCCUUAACAGAAAAGCCUGCAGAGGUGGGAGGUCAAGUCUUAAGUGUGUCCACGUGCUGGAGUCAUUCCUGAGGAGGUGUCCACCCCAACCCAUUCAGACAAACACAGCAGAGAACUUCCUGCUGGAGGUUGAAGACAGCAAGUUAUGACAUCUUGACUUGGCGUGUGUAUACAUACAUGUACACAUUCCAACUCGUGAUAUGAUGUGCUAUAUCUAUCUAUCUAUCUAUCUAUCUAUCUAUCUAUCUAGAUAGAUAGAUAGAUAGAUAUUUCAUUUAAAUAUUAUAUGAUAUAGAUAAUGCAGAUAAGGUGCUGUCUUCAAAGGAAGGAGGGACUGGUUGUGGGAUUUCCUCUCAGCAGGAAGCUGUUUUUUAAUGUUUCUUUGCGCCUGUCAUUGUUUUUUAAAGCAGUUUCUUUUUUCUGAAAGUGACUUUAUUUGCUUUGAUGUAUGAUUUAUGUCAAUUUUACUCAUGAUAGAUCUGUACUGUAGUAAAUAGAGUUCUUUGUGGUUGAAUUGUGUACUUUCAGUGGAAACUGUUGAGUGGUCUUUACCGUCUGUGUGUGUGCAUGGUGGUCAAAGGUGGACGGGUACCAAACCUAGUCAAUUCUUUAAAAAUGACUCCUCAGGCCUCCUUUUUAACUCCACAAUCUUCCCGGUGUGUUUUUCUUCUACAUUCAGGUGUUGUUCCAAUAUGUGUAUAUAAUGGUAUGCCUGUAUGUAUAUUUCUGGUCUUUCACCGUAAUAGUUCAAAUCUACCACUAGGAGGCGUAGCUCCUUAGUUCAACCAAUUACAGUUGUGCUCCAUGUUGACGUGUGGACCAUCUGCGUUGUUUCUCUUCAUGUUAGCUGGUGGUAUGGUGGCAGGGCUGUCUGGUGUCUGUUGUCUUGGAGCUUCUGAACGUGGUUGAAAAGAUUUGCCUUGUAAGUCCAGGAGAGUUUGUAUGAACCUGUGUGUGUGUGUGUGUGUGUGUGUGUGUGUGUGUGUGUGUGUGUGUGUGUGUGUGUGUGUGUGUGUGUGUGUGUGUGUGUGUGUGUGUGUGUUUGGGGGGGGCUUGCGGUCCAUCCAUCGAUAUGUCUCCUUCACGUGUUCAACUCUGUCUGCUCUCCCUGGAGGGCUGGUACAGAAGAUGAACUGUGGACGUUUGGGUUGAGAAGGACCACAGUACUGUGCUGUCACUCUGCUCAGCCUGUGGCGUGUGGGGGGGGGGGGGUUCAUAAGGAAUCAAAGUCAUUUUACAAUUAGUGUUUUUUUUUCUUUAGACAUUCAGUAACUGCGUUGAUACUCAUGAUGAUGAAAUGACACAUGUUCAUGUGACAAUGUUUUGAGCCAAUCAUGUCUCUCAAGCAUUCCUGUCAGAACGACAGAAAGUACUGAAGAUUUUAAAAGCAAAUAAACGUUUUU